UGGGCUGUUAAACCCUGAGACAUCUGGUGGCAAAUACUGAGCUCAGGAUUGAUACUGGCCUUUCAGUCAGAUGGAGACUUUGGAGGAAAAGAGCAAUCUCCUCGGUUUACAGGCAGACAACAGCAUGGAGCAACCAUUCACUGUCAGCUCAUUGAAAAAGCUGGUGGCUAUUCCUGACCACACAGACAUCUCUGUGAGCCCAGAGGAGAGAGUGCGUGCCUUGAGCAAGCUGGGCAGCAAUAUCAGCAUCAACGAGGACAUCACUCCGCGGCGCUACUUCCGAUCGGGAGUGGAGAUGGAGCGGAUGGCGGCCGUGUACAUGGAGGAGGGGAACCUGGAGAACGCUUUCGUGUUCUACAACAAGUUCAUAACGUUGUUUGUAGAAAAGCUGCCCAGUCACCGAGACUAUCACCAAUGUGCAGUACCAGAAAAACAAGAUAUUAUUAAGAAAUUGAAGGAGGUUGCAUUUCCACGGACAGACGAACUGAAAAGAGAUCUUUUAAAAAAAUAUAACUUAGAAUAUCAAGAAUACAUGCAACACAAAAACAAAUGUAGAACUGAAUUUCUGAAGAAACUGGAGCACCAGAAGCUCAUAGAGGCAGAGAAGAAACGAAUCGCACAUAUGCGGCAGCAGCAGCUCGAAUCGGAACAGUUUCAAUUCUUUGAGGAUCAACUUAAGAAGCAAGAGCUAGCUCGAGAUCAGAAAAUCAAAGAGAGUGUGGUUAUGUCUGAGCAGAUGGAUGGAAGUAUGCUGUCUUGUAUUUCUGUACCAGAGAACAGCUCCUUAUCUGCGGCGCUGCUGGAGAAGAAAGAGAGGCGCGGCACCUCCGGCUGUGCUGGACAUUCGCCGCCAGUGGAACGGGUCUUAAAGCCAGCAGCUACUCUAAGUGCUGUUCAGACUCAAUUGGCCGAAGCACUCAGAGGUGUCAUUUUGCCCAGGGAUCUCUGUCACAAAUUUCUGCUGCUGGCAGAGGCAAAUACAGUAAGAGGAAUAGAGACAUGUGGAAUUCUCUGUGGAAAACUGACUCAUAAUGAAUUUACUAUUACACAUGUAAUAGUGCCAAAGCAAACUGCAGGACCAGACUACUGUGACAUGGAGAACGUGGAAGAAUUAUUUGGUAUUCAGGAUCAGUAUGAUCUCCUCACUUUGGGUUGGAUCCAUACACAUCCUACACAAACUGCAUUCUUAUCCAGUGUUGAUCUCCAUACUCAUUGUUCUUAUCAGCUAAUGUUGCCAGAGGCCAUUGCAAUUGUUUGUUCACCAAAGCAUAAUGACACUGGCAUCUUCAGACUGACUAAUGCUGGCAUGCUAGAAGUUUCUGCUUGUAAAAAGAAGGGAUUCCAUCCACAUACAAAGGACCCUAGAUUAUUUAAUCCAUGUACCCAUGUGGUUGGGAAAGACAUAAAGAUAAUCGUGCUGGAUCUGAGGUGAUACAGAUGAGCCACAUCCAUGUCCUCUACAAAAGGCCAAAAAAGAAAAAAGGAUUCCUGUUUUUUCCUACAUUUUCAGAAAUUACUUUUAUAUUUAUACAUUUUAGAUUGAAUGGUUUGAUAUUUAUUGCUCUAGCCUGUUUUGGAGUUAUUUUGUUGCUCUGUCAAGAUGGAGUUCAGUGGCAUUAACCCUGAAUCUGUAAACAAAUCUCACCCAUAAAACACAACAAUAAAAUGAACUUCAAACU